GGCUGGUUUGGGUUUGAAGUUUGAACGCGGCUCAAAAUUCCAUUCAAUUGUGCGUUUCUUCCUGUCGGAUUCCUGGACAGCUUAGCAAGAUUUGUACUGGUGGGAGCCUCCAACCGGCCUUCCAGUCAAAUGCAGACAUACAGGGCCAGGCAGGCUAGGUUUGGUACACGCCAGGAUAUCAACGUGCCCGGUAAUUAGUUUACCGGCGUAGCCCUUCCCAGGCAUCGCAGGCCCAAACUUCUAGAAUGAUUGGUAAUUGUCCAUACAUAUUUAUCUUUUUGGUAAUCAGCUUCCUUUUCUUCAUACUCUUGUUUAAAUACCCGAAGCCGAUUCUUUGCUAGGUGCGUGUUGCGCUCGAUAAACAAACACACUGGGCCAAUUUGCCUUUCUCGCUCCCGACGUCCUCGCUUGUUAACAAUUACACGGCAUCAUCAUGUCGCGUGCACUCGUUAUAUGCGGUGCGACUGGCAAACAAGGCGGCGCCGUGAUCAAGCAUCUUCUCCAGCAGAACAACGCGAACGACUUUGAGAUUCUCGCCGUCACGCGCAAUGCUGCCUCGGCUUCUGCCCAGCGACUCCUCUCCACGGCGCCCGCCAGGAUCAAGCUCCUGCAAGGCGACCUCCUUAGCCCGGCCGCGCUCUUCCAGACUGCCAAGCAGCUCACCAAGUCGCCGAUCUGGGGUGUCUUCGGCGUCCAAGUCGCUAUCGGCUCCGGCUCCGAGGUUGCGGAGGGCAAAGGCCUCGUCGACGCCGCACUGGCCGCCGGGGUGAGCCUGUUUGUCUACACGUCGGUCGACCGCCACGGUGAGAGUGACUCGUUCACCAACCCAACGCCCAUCCCCCACUUUGCCGCCAAGCACGCUAUCGAGCACCACCUCGUCGACAAGGCGCCCUCCAAGAACAUGGCCUGGACCAUCCUGCGCCCCGUCGCAUUCAUGGAGAACUUGACCGACAACUACUUUGGCCGCGUCUUCAUCAAGUGCUGGGACAUGGCCGUCCGCGACAAGCCGCUGCAGCUCGUCGCCGUCAGCGACAUUGGCUUCUUUGCCGGCGAGGCUUUCCUCAAGCCGGACGAGUACAAAGGCCGCGCCAUCUCGCUGGCCGGCGACGAGCUGACCCUCACCCAGGCGAGCGAAGUGUUCGCUGCCAAGACGGGCGGCGCCACGCUGCCUACGACGAAUGGGGUUUUCCCCUGGCUGUUGAUGAAGCUCAUGAAGGACCUUGGCGUCAUGUUCCGGUGGUUCUACGACCAGGGAUAUGCUGUCGAUAUCCCGGCACUGAGAAAGGUGAAUCCCGGCCUCAAGGACUUUGGCACCUGGCUCGAGACUGAGAGCGACUUUGCCGACAAGAUCAAGGGAGCUGCGAAGCGAUAAGGCAUUUCCGGUGUGAUUGACUGCCGCUGGCAACAAAGGUUGAAGCUGUUUUUGGUUCCAAAUUGUGUAAUAAUUAAUAUGAUGUGGCGGUUUAGGAAUUACUAGUUACCCGCCCUUCUAUUUAGUUGCGUGGCUUUUCUAAAGAAUCAAG